GUCCUGCCCAAAGCUGAGACCCGACUGAAGCAAAACUUUUUUUUUUCUAGUAAGUGAGCUGCGGAGAUUUGUUCUGCUAACUAUUUCUCUCUUGAAAGAUAAUUCACGGCAGCUUCAGCUUAGCCGAAACGCAGAAAAAGUUGGACUAGUCCAGCCAAGAGUUUGUUGUGUUUUUCUCGUCUUUUGUGACUUUUUUUUUUUUUUUUUUUUUUUUUUGGAGGCUGAAAGUUGGGGCCGGACGACAACAUAGAUUCCAGUGUGGAGUAGAUAUGCGCUUUGUUACACUCACAAGUAUGCCAGCAGGAAACAACAGGAAAACUCUGUGUUUCAUUGCAGAUUUCGACAGCUAACACACUUCAGAAGAACAGAAAGUAGUACUCGGCUACUAAACUUUAGAAUGACUCUGGAUAACUUUUUCUGAGUGUCGUCGAGAUUUUCCAGAUUUCCUGCUGCGUGAAAAAAAAGAAAGAAAGAAGUUUGGGAUUUGGCUCAAGUUUCUUUUUGUCAAGUUUUUGAACGCGACUUUUUCUUUCUUUUUUUUUUUUCUUUUUUUUCCUGGGACGCGUAAAGUUCGCAGACAGUUUUUUGGGGAAAAUGGAUCCGAGCCAGCACAACCCUCCGGCCGGACACCAGAUCGUCCACGUACGGGGCGACUCUCAGACUGACCUGGAGGCGCUGUUUAACGCCGUGAUGAACCCGAAAAGCGGCAAUGUGCCACCGCCGUCGGUGCCCAUGAGGAUGAGGAAGCUGCCAGACUCCUUCUUCAACCCCCCAGAACCAAAGUCCCAUUCCAGACAAGCCAGCACUGAUGCGGGGAGUGGCGGCGUGCUCACCCCCCACCACGUCCGCGCACACUCGUCCCCAGCCUCCCUGCAGUUGGGAACUGUGUCCGGCGGCUCCCUGCCCGGCAUGCCCCCGGCAGGUGCCUCGCCUCAACAUCUGCGCCAGUCUUCUUACGAGAUCCCCGAUGACGUGCCCCUGCCCACCGGGUGGGAGAUGGCCAAGACCGCCUCUGGCCAGAGAUACUUCCUCAAUCACAUCGAUCAGACCACCACUUGGCAGGAUCCACGUAAGGCCCUGCUCCAGAUGAACCAGGCCCCCCCUCCCAGCUCUGUUCCAGUCCAGCAGCAGAAUAUCAUGAACCCAGCCACCGGUCCACUCCCUGACGGCUGGGAACAAGCAAUUACAUCAGAGGGAGAAAUUUACUACAUAAACCACAAGAACAAGACUACAUCCUGGCUGGACCCACGACUUGAGCCACGCUAUGCCCUGAACCAGCAGAGGAUCUCCCAGAGCGCCCCAGUGAAACAGGGCGGCCAUCUGCCCUCCAGCACCCACACCGGAGUCAUGGGAGGCAACAACCAGUUGAGGCUGCAGCAGAUCGAAAGACUGGGCAAGGACAGACUCGGACUGAAGCAACAGGAUCUGCUGCGGCAGAGACCACAGGAACUCGCUCUAAGGAACCAGCUGCCCACCAGUAUGGAUCAAGAUGGCGGCACGAACCCCGUGUCCUCCCCCAUGGCCCAGGACGCCCGGACCAUGACCGCCAACAGCUCUGACCCAUUCCUCAACAGCGGAACCUACCACUCCAGGGAUGAGAGCACAGACAGCGGCUUGAGUAUGAGCAGCUACAGCGUCCCACGCACUCCAGAUGACUUCCUCAACAGCGUGGAUGAGAUGGACACAGGGGAUCCGCUGCCGCCCUCCAUGACGACGCAGCCCAGCCGUUUCCCCGACUACCUGGACACCAUCCCGGGGACAGACGUGGACCUGGGCACCCUGGAGAGCGAGAGCAUGGCGGUGGAGGGCGAAGAGCUGAUGCCCAGCCUGCAGGAGGCGCUGAGCUCCGACAUUCUCAACGACAUGGAGUCAGUGCUGGCAGGUACCAAGAUCGACAAGGAGAGCUUCCUCACAUGGUUAUAGAAGAGCUGAGCGGGGGCGCAUCCUCACUCCUCUCCACUACACUCUGAACUCCUGCCUGCUCUAAUCUGUGAAGGAUUCAUAGAUGCUUUUACCAGACAUUUCAGCGAGCCUCUCCGGACUUCUGCGUCUGUCUCAGCGUGCAAGGCCAACCUCUUUUCAGGCAGUAUUGUUCUGUUCUCUCCACUGGCGUGUUAUCUCUUUAUUUUGUCUGUGUCUUCAAGGCUGGCCUAUGAACAGACAAUUAUGCAAGGGUCCCCAAAUCUUUCACAGGUCUGUAAGUGAAUCUAGGGCAUAUUUACCCAGAGCAAAAGGGGAUCGCUAACCCUCCCCUCCACCUCCACCUCCACCUCCACCUCCGGUCUCCCCUCAUAGCUGAACUGUGCGGGUGCAUGUACUCUUCUGCAAGGACUGCAACUCUCAGUUAUCACCCGGAGCCUCUGGAGCCUCUCUUUCCUGCAAUACAGCAUGAAGCAGCACUACUUAACUGUGUUUGGGACUAUUUGCAUUUAGUUUAAGUAGCUUUACUUUUUGAUCUUUUUUUUUUUUUUUUUUUUUAUCUUGUUGUUGUUUGUGUGUGUUUUUAUUUUUCCUAACAAGCCUGAGAAACCAAAAAUGAUGUAUUCGAAGCGUAAAGAACAAUACUGAUUUGGAGUAAAGGUGACGUGAGGCCCAGUUUGAACAUGUUGGCUUUGCUGUUGGGGGUGGGUGGGGUGGGUGGGGGGUGGGUUUGAGGUUUGAACCUGGGGACCGACUACAUUGCUGCUUGGCUGUGCCAGCAAGUCUAAGUUAAACCUUUGAUAGAUCAAGUGCCUUCAGUUGUAUUUUUUUUUUUUUUGAGACGCGAGCAGCGCGAACAAUUUACCCACGUCUCUGUCCCGCGGCAGAGAGCAUUAGGCUGCGUUCGGAGACAUCAGCCACAUUUUCCUCAAACGUUCAAGUAAUCAAAAAUGUAUUUGUUUUGUUUUAAACACUAGGGGAUUUAGGGAUCUUUCUAUUUUUUAACCCUAGCUUUGUAUCAGUCUUAUCAAAGCCUAAUUCAUCGUUCAUUUGUUUUAUCUUUUUAGUGUUUUAUUUUUAGGUUACUGCAUAUGUACGUUAGCGUAGAUCAAACCGCAUGUCGCUUUUGUUUUUUCUCUCAUAGAUGAAUUGAAACGUAUGUUUUAACAGGGUCAGCCAGUAUCGUCACUAAGAUCAAAUCCGCCGAGACACAGAUUGAUUUAGUUGUGAAAACCAUUUAUCUGAUUCUCUUGUGUCUGCUUUACUUUAUACAUAUUAGUGUUAUUGUAUUUUUUGUUUUGUUGAUCACCUGCAGCUUUUACAAUUUUUUUUUUUCUCCUAAACAUUAACCAAAAAAAAAAAAAAAAAAGGCAGAUCUGUAGGCUCAGCAGAAACUAUAGCUCUUUGAUCAAUUAAACCUUGUGACACAAUACAGUAUACAAGAGUUUUAAUGUUUUCAAGUGUCUUCCUGCAGAGGGAGCUGAAGGGAGCGCUCUGUGCCAUCCUGUGAGUGUUUAAACGAGGAGCUUGUAGGCUACGGCUAGUUUGAGCAGGUUUAAGAGUCAAGUCAAGGGGUGAUGUAGAAGGUCAGGGUCUGAUUGAUGGUGGCAAAUUACACAGAUUGAUUUUUUUUUUGUGUGUGCGUGUGUGUGUGUGAAAUAAUUAAGAAACAAUCAGUUAUCUCAGUCAGGAAUUGUUGUGGCAGAUUCCAAAGAUGUUUUUUUUUUUUUUUUUCCUUUUUUUUUUUGAUGUAAAGACACUAACACUUAUUUUCGCUUCCAUCUUCAGAGUCCAGGAAUGGUUAUGAUUUGUAAAUCAGCCUCUGUAUGAACAAACUGAACUGUAUAAGCUAAUGAGGAAAAAGAAAAAAAAAAAAAGAUGUACGUUUUAAGUGUUACCGGACGUAUGAGUAGGUGUAGCCUUUUACUUUUUUUAGACGGCUGUUUGGAGUGACUAACCCUGAGAUUUUUUUUUAAAGGACGAGGUUUCAGAACAGAGAAGCAAGUGAUUCUCCUACAAGCACUCACAUGUUUACAUACUCCGAUUAAGAAACUGCUACAGCCGCAGUGGAGACAACACACUGACAAUUCUGUUAUAAAUCAUGUUAUUUUUAUGUUUACACAAUGACUACAUUUUUGCAUUACUGCAGUAACCUUUGAAUAAUCAGCCUGCUGUGCAUGCCAUUGGUCGAGGCCUUGCAGGAUGACACCAAUUCUGUUGCCAGCCAAUAUUAAAUUGGUAGCAUUAACUUGAUGGAACACUAUACAUACAUAUAUAAAUAUAUAUAAAUAUAUAUAUAUAUUAGAUUAGAAGACAUGAACAAUUUUUUUUUUUUUUUUUUUAUUCUGUGUGAGAAACCUCUUUUUAGUUUUGAUUUUACUGAUCAUUAAAUCGAUGGAUUUAAGAUGGAUGAACAGUGUUGGUGAGAACAAUGCAACUAAAAUGAGUGGUACACCACAGUGCUUGUAUUGCACGGCUAGAGUUUUCAUUUUGACGCAAACGAUUCAUUUUGUCACACAAACCUGAUUUUAUGCUUACUUAGAGUGUAACUGUCGGAGCAUAUUAGCUGUUGACUGUAGCAGUAGAACUAAUCACAAGUUAAAGGAUUUUGUAUUUAGAGUUUUUCUAAAUGCACAUGAAAUGAAUUUAUAUUCAGUAAUGAUCUGUUCAUUUUUUUUUUUUUUUUGAUAUGUGCAUGUGUUUUAGAAAAAUAAAUUCUGUUACAUUAUAUCUUUCUUCAUAUGAUACUUUGAAAUUGGCCUGAAAUAAAGUAUAUACUUUGUCGUAA